AUUACUUAGUUGAUUAAUUGAUAGUUUCCUUUCAGAACAAUGUCUGCUAUGUAGUGUAGCACCAUCUCAAUUUCUAUUCUAACCCGCUCCUAGUCCGGUUCGAUCGUCGUCUCCGCCACUCUUUCUUCUUCUGUUCGCUGCCAGCCAACGCCUGCUGCACAACACAGUAAAGCCCCCUCCCUUUCCUCCUAUCUGCCCAUACACAAUAUAGUUAAAAGUGCACAAUUUUGAGCCACUCUUCAAACUGAGCCACAUCACACCACAAGAGCUGCAGAUUAUUUUGGCUGUCUUAUACGAACAAGCCAAACUGAUGUGUCUGUGACCAAUUGACUGCUGGAGUUCACUGUCGUCUUAGAAAUCUCUAUUUUGUAGCUUACAAUUGUCGGAUCACCGCUUUAUAUCACUAGCAAGCUAAGCAUAUCGGACCCCUCAGCUUUAAUUCCUAGACCUCAAUCAAUCUUUGGCCAUAUUUGGAACCUUCUUCAGUCUGACGAUUAUCAGUCCAGAUUACCUUUACAAACAGUUCUACUCGGAGUUUUAUAAAUCAUAACAUGUCGUGUCUAUCGGGCGGCAGCGGGAACAACGGCAGCGCCCAGAAGAAGCAGAAAAUGUCCUCAUCCCCUGGAGCUCACGGUCAACAGCAACAACACUAUCACCAUGGCAACCAACAACAACAGAAUAACUCAAUGUACAACAAUGCACACGUGCAACAACAGCAGCAGAACUCAAAUGCAUAUACCAGGAAUACUCCCAUGGGCACUGGUGUGACGUCACCAGGAGGGUCGAGUGGGGAUAAGCUCAACUUUCACACUGGUGCUUCGUAUUCACCUGGAACUUCGUACAUGAACGGAUACGCACAAACUGGUCACCACGGACAACUCCAGCAGCAGUCUAGUGGUAGCUCCAAUAGGUUGUCCAAUGGACACAUUAGUAACGGGUUCGGGCCCACCUCUGGACACUACUCGCCCGCCAACUGCUCUGCCGGUUCCUCUCUCAGCGUAAACAUGGCGGGAAGUGUGAACUCGCGAAUAUCUCCGCAACAUUCUCGGGUGCCCAGUCAGACGUCGUCCAACAAGGCGUCCCCACCGGGCUCUGGCACAAACCACACGGGGGGUCUCUACAUGGCGGCGGCUGCACAAGUACAGCAGCAGGCUCUGUGCGAGUACCCGAAGGGCAAUUCUGUCUCGUGUUACGACAUGUGUGUCUACUGCUUCGACGUCCUCGUCAACCGACUGAAACACGACCAAGUGCCACGAGUGUCCACUCCCACUUUCGCACACGCUAACGAAAGCUUUCCUCUGUUUGUGACGUGGAAGAAUCAGGACACUCCUGAGAGCAAGGCUGUGUUGCGAGGAUGCAUAGGCACCUUCACCGACACCAAACUACACAAAGGCCUUCACGACUAUGCCUUAUCAAGUGCAUUAAAGGACAGUCGUUUCGCUCCUAUUAGUGACGACGAAAUCUCCAAACUUGUAGUAUCAGUGUCUGUUUUACUGCACUUCGAGGGAGCAGACAGUUGGGACGACUGGGAGAUCGGCCUGCAUGGCCUAAGACUAGAGAUAGAAACGGACAGGGGUCAGAAGAAAACUGCAACAUAUCUACCUGAAGUAGCCUCGGAGCAGCGCUGGACUAAAAAGCAGACGAUUGAUUCCUUGCUGCACAAGAGUGGCUACACGGGACGUAUCAACUCCGACGUCAGAAACAGAAUCAAACUGACUCGCUACAAGAGCGAGAAAGUGACUCUGUCCUAUGCAGAGUACAGGGACAGGAAAGCAUACAAACUGCAGUUGAAAAAUAACCCUCCGCAGUCAUUAGUUCUCACAAACGGUGUCUCGAACGCCCAAUCAUCCGAUGAUAGUCCUAUGAGGAACCAUCAUCAAAUGGUGAACGGCUCAGCGGCAUCAUUAGUUUCGCCAACCUCAAGCGGUGCAAAUUCGCCAAUGAAGGCGUUGUCUAUCAAUCCUACUAAGACAUCUCACAACCAACAAGCCUCCUCCUCAAGUAACUGGGGCUCCUCGGGAGUAGGAGGACAGCAGCAGAGUAGUUCUGGAGGUACAUAUCGACGCAGUGGCGGCGGAGCCUCGCCGCGGCACGGAGGCGGUCAGAGAGGAAGUAUGUCGGACAGUCAUCCCUUGUAGUAUUACAUAAUAGCUCCCAACAUUACAUAAUCGAAUUCAGUUCAAGCAUGGAAACGGACGAUAGAACGAAUAACUGAAAGAAACUAGCUUAAAGUAUCUGACAAUGUUAUCGCUAUUUGUUGAUCCAUGUUGAUGUUACUUCGCUCUGCUAACGAAUUUGAAAUAAACCUUAGUUAAAGGUAAGGUUACUACCUUACCUGCUACGAAACAAAGUUAGAGUCUAAAGGAAUGCCGAAAAUUUGUUAAAAGAUGAAAAAUAAAAUGAAACUUUAGCCAAACAUACAAAAAGGCUGCCUAUUGAAAUCGGUUUAAAUUGACACCAAGUUGUCUUUUCCAAGUGUAUUUGUGAUUAUGACUGACAAGAGUUAUCAUAGACAGCCUUUACGUUUUUCAACAAAAGGUGCUUCAAAUUUACGCCAUCCCAUCUGUAAGGAAAGUAGCCUUCCAUAAAACCGUCAAAUUUAUAUCUGUAUCUAAAAAUGCUCAAAAAUCAAACGCUGCUCUUGAAACGCUUCUGCUCAAAUCAAUCCAUCAAAGUUUACAAGUUUGUCGCCUUUAAUCUCUUUGAAAUGUAUCAUGUAUUCUACUCAGAGGUCUUUUUGACUACCCCCCCCCCCCCCCUCUCUCUCUCAUAACCACCACCUAACUAAAUUCUGACUUAUCUACUUCUGUUGAAAUCCAGUUUCUUUAUUCCUCUCAGGACUUUUUUAAGUGCCAAAUCAUUUUUGAAAGAAACUGAUGAUUGAAACCUGACGUUACAUGUUAUGUAUGAAAUGUUGCUGCUUUUAGUUAAUUGUCUUCAGUAAAAAGUAGGGUAGCUUAAGAGAUUCCCAUUCCCUCAAUAAAAAAUAAUUGGGUUCCGGAAAAAUCCAAACUUGAAGCAGACAUAAUUAGACACCCUAAAUUUGAAAGUUAUUACUAGCAAAGAAUUGGUCUUCGGAACAAUUUAAUUAAGGUACAAUUUGCCUAAAAGAUAUACGGGGCAUGCUUGCCUUUUCAAGAGACUUGCAUGCUUCCCAUUUUUUAGAGAGCCGCCUAUCAUAAUUUACCUAUGCUUAAUUCAAUAUUGAUGCUAGUGUCUUGUCUGCUGAAGUUUGGCAGUUGAGUCAACUAAUUGCUAGAAGUGCCGUAAAUAUUAUUUCAACUUUCGAAUCAAUCUUUCUCUGUAAGUACUCAAUAUUGUUUUAUCAUCGAUUAGCUUAAGACUUUUCUAUGUCUAUUAUUAGGCUUAUUUUGUUCUUGUUUCGCCAUUGACAUUCUCUUCAAUACAAAUUCAAAAUAGCAUACUGUUUAAUUGAUGUUUUUGAAAUA